UGCGUGAGAGAGAGAGAGAGACAGAGAGAGAGAGAGAGAGAGAGAAAGAGAGAUAGAGCGAGAGCGAGAGAAGCUGAGAGAGGGACAGCAAUGUGAACACAAGAAGAUAAACAAGAAAGAAAAAGGAAACUCUGUCCACAUCUCCAAGAGACCCCCAGUUAGCAUUACAUUGGGACUAGUUAAAGUUACUGCUUGGGAAUCUUCUGCAUCUAAUGUUAGAGUGGCCUGUAGUGGAAAGCAACACCCUGGCAAUGGCCCAGCCCCAGCCAUCCACUACUAUGUCUUGGAAGGAGGAGAUGCAGAAGAUUGCAGAGCAGGUCCUCACUAAACUGCAAGGCCUUCCCGAGGCAGACCCCCUGGAGAUCGGAGCCUUCGCCAUCCUGCUCAUCUUCAUCGCGAUGGUUCUGAUCAUGUUCAUCCUGACCUGCAUUCACUGCUGUUGCUGCUCCGCCCCCAAGCCCUUUCACCAACCCUGAGAUGGGCACCACCUGCUGGAUAUCUGCUACACUGCAGCCCCACGUUCAACACAAUACCAACAAAACAGUGUGGGCUGCUAGGAACCCAGUGCACUACUCCAUGGACAUCACAGACUGGUGACCACUAAGAGCAGGCUGGAAACAAGCUACAUAACACACUGAAACUAGUACUGGACCACAGGAAGAGCAAGCUGCCAGGACUAGCAAUGUCAGGCAAGAAAGGGGGGACUGAAUGAGAACAUGCAGGGAAUUACAGUUGCAACAUUGGUGGCACUGUAUGCUAUGCACAAAUCCAGUAAGAAAAAUUAAAUAUCUAUAGGCAUAUAUAAAUAACAAGUGUAACAUUAAUUUGUUGUAUACCGUAUUUCUAGAAAAAAGACAAGAAUACACAAUGACAGCCUACCAGACAGAAAUGACGUCCCACAGUACUAAACAAUUCCUCUUUGUUGGACCUUUUACGUGACAAUGGUUCAGAGCUUCCAUAUACACAAAGCACAUUUUGUUUUUAGACCAAUAACUGAACUGUUACCUUCCACUUGCCUUCGUUUUUGCUGCCACGUGGAUCUCACAGAGUAAUACAAACGGGUCAAAAUGAUUCAGUUGACUUCAUGUACAACACCAAUAAACUACUGGGAAAAACAAGACUAUGGCCUUUGAAAUAAAAACUCCAUAAGUGCCUUCUCCAGUUUGAAAUGUAUAUUUCUCGUUGGUCCUUAAUAAAUGAUGCACUCUCUUAGACAAUAGGUCAAAACACAUAUAAAAAAAAAAAAAAAAAAUUAAACAAUCUAGAUGCAGUUCUGUGUUGAAUGGUUUCCUGACAAGGAUGCAAAAUUCAGGAGUGCCUUCUUGUGGUCACUUGUAUUAUAACUACCAGUGAAUUCAUAAUCACUAAAUCCCAUGCGACAUUAUUUAAACAAAAUGAUUGUAUGAAAAUCCAGUCUCAGUUAUACAUAAACACCUUGGCCUAUAUAUGGUGCUGUGCAUCAUUAUCUGAGAUUUUGUCAGAGCACCACUGAUGCAUCAUGGCACAUUGUGGAAGCAAAACCCAAUCCUAGGGCAAUUAACAUGUAUAACUUGUUAUUAGAAUUAUUAUUUUUACAGUAGUGGUAUAUACAGUACACAACACCUGUAUGCGUGUGUAUAUAUA